UCACAGGUCAAUCAUUGAAGACGAAGUGCACCUGUGAGUGGAUCAUGAUGCUCCCAGAAUUCAAACAAAAAUGACCAAGAUCGAAAAGAACGCAACUCAGAAAAUUGUCGGUAAUUGAAAACCAAAAAUGCGGGGGCUGGUGUAAGUACAAGACGAGCAGCUAUUCGGUCGUAUGUUGUGUACAUGUACAUGACAAUCUCAAAUCAAUCUGACACUAGUCCUCACGCACGAUCGCCUUUAUUGUUGACUCAAGUUUCUUGCUGCCGCUGGGCCGUCACAUAAAUCUCGAUCCGACAAAUCUAGGUCUGAUUGUGUAAAAGUAAAAGGAGAAGGUAUGAUCACUCCAUUCAUUUCUCGGGUAUUUGUGUAGUUGAUGUUGUACCUAUGCCUACUAGUAUUAACUCGACACAGGAAAUAAAAUCCGCUUGGAUUUAUUUUGGUAUGAUUUUAUUCGCUUUUACAACGCAGAACAGAUAGGUUACAACGCAGAACAGACUUCACUUUUCAGAAACAACAGCUCCUACGUUGAAGCAACUUUUACUUUUUCAACAAACAAGUUGUACUUUUUGGACUCUGAAAACUUCGACGUCUUAGUAACUUUCGAAAAUAAACCUUUCUCUGGUGACGAAAAAUAGCUCUCCUGUAUCUUUACUUUUUCUUUUUCUCAGGCUUACGAGGCCAAAGCUGCUGUAGCCACCUAGUACUGUAUUUUUUUUGAACUAGCAGUAGCAUCGUGAGAGGAAGGUAAACCCUUCACACGGAACAAGCCACGACUCCAUCCCUAACAAACAAACAAAGCUUGGACGCAUAUUUUUCCGUGCUGGCUUAUUUCGGCUACGAAAUAACUGCCCCUCAACAUAUCACACCAACAGCAAGGUGAAGAUGUGGAAGAUGAAUCUCCUUUACAACAAAUCGCCUCGCAUCUUCGUCGCCGGCGUCGUAUUAUUAUUUCUUCACACUGCAGCUCUUCUACAACACCACUCCCACUCCGUGAAGAUUUUUGCGGAUGGGGCCUUGUUGCGCCCGCGGGGGACCAGUGCACCACCUCCCGCGAGGUCUGGAGUUCUUCCACCCCUUCUCGUCGCACCACUUGACGGCGGCCGUCGACGCUCUUCACGGAGCGCGGGGCCCACGACCCGUUAUUCUCGCAUCGAAAAGGACCACGUAGAAAUUUCUGCGAAAAAGAAUGUCGCAGACAGCAAGGAUCUUCCCCGCCUACAGUUUUUUUCCAUGGGCGGAGAAAAUGUGGUGAACGCGGUACCUUUCUGGAAAUGGCAAAACUGGACGGUGGAAGAACUUUACACCCACGUGGAACGAGAGAUCAAGCAAGAAGACAACGGGAGGCGUAGGGAACUUCCCUGUAGAAAGGUGGAUCUGGUUCCCCAGGUGCUACAUCUUGGCGGGGAAAUCCACCUUAUCACGGAGCCCUUAGACCGCCGUUCGGUGGGGUCGGAAAAUCGCGGAGAGCGGCGCUUGUCGACAGUUCUGCAAGUAGAUGAACUGGUGCUCAAGAAGGAUAAUUCUGUGUCUGUCGUGGCAGGAGAAGCGAGUGCAAGUCGAACUUCUGCGACGCAGCGGGAAGGAGCAGACCACGUCGACGCUGCUUUUAAAUCUGACGUGAUGUUCCAGGUUCUGUUCCACGCUGCAGGUCGCAAAAAGUCGUUCCCGAACAAAUCACGGCUCCGCGAGGCGAUUGCGCUCUGGCGGGAAGACGAGGACUUCGAAGCCAACGGAGCGGCGCGGGAGUGGAUUGUGAACGAGUUUGGGCCGGUGGCGGAGUGGAACCUCUGUGACGUCAAGAACCUAUCCAAUUUGUUUAAUCCGGCUCUGGUGGGGACCGGGUUCCACUCCUCCUUUCAGAUCACGGACUGGUACACCCGGGGCGUCAAGAACAUGCACGCUCUCUUCAGUGGCUGGACCGAGUUCGACCAGGACAUUAGGCGGUGGGAUGUCCGUGACGUGACCAACAUGAGCUUCGUGUUUUCGGGCGCGGCGAAUUUUAACCAAAACCUUGGCAGCUGGGAUGUGAGUGCUGUAACGCUUAUGAGGAAUAUGUUUGAGGGGGCGCGUAGGUUCAACCAAGAUCUGAGUGGAUGGGAUGUCAGCGGGGUAAAAGACUUCUGCUCGAUGUUUUACAAAGCCGUGGCUUUCAAUCAACCGCUCGACAGCUGGGGGAGCAAGCUGGAUAAGAUGCCUCAGUCGGUCAACAUGCAAUACAUGCUGGCGGAAGCGACGGCGUUCAACCAAAGCUUGAAAAGCUUCGAACCCCGUAUGCUCCGCGAUCUGAACCAGGUCGCGCACAUGCUCCUUCGCGCAGACAGUUUUCGCUAUGGCGUCCUCGACAAUUUGAGUUUGCAGCACCUGGACACUUUGGGGCCGAUACUCUUACUCUAAAGCACCGGUUGUAAAAAUGAGCGAUUGAAUUUGAAAUAAACCGGUAGUACGACAAUGACAUGGGUAGUAAAUCUUUUCGAAGAUUCUUUCUGGACCGAUGGACUCAAUUAACUUGUGCGAAGACGAGAUCUUCAUGUAGUCAGCUUAAGAUUUAUUUUUAGAUAAUGCCUGCUGCAUAUGCAUAAGCAAUUCGUAAUUAAUAUAGUACUGUACAACUGCAAUACCUAGACUUGCGCCCGUUCGUGAGCCCGGCCGCCUGCACCGCAGCUGCCUGUCUUUUAUUCUACAAUAAUAUGCCCGAACAACCCGAAGGCGAACAGCAUAGAUCUUCGCUGUGGCACGGCUACUGAAUAGUGUUGGACUAAUUCAUUUGAUAAAGAACUUUUUACUAUGUUUUUGGAUCGUACAUUCUUGCAACUUCCUUGCGAGUAAUCAGAUAAGCGGAGAAAUUGAAAUUCUUUGCAGAAAUCAGUAUUUUGUGCAUGCUUUUAUUUUACUCAGCCCCUUUCCGUAUUUUUCGGAAUUGAUUUGAUUUUAGUCAUUUUGAAAUUUAGACAUCAAGCAAAGCUGAUGUGUAUCCAAAGCUGAAGAGAACAAGCAGCGCGACCACGUAGUAAGUCGAAGUUAGAACUUUGAAAAGGAAAAAGCAAGAAGCAAAUCCUUGCAAGAAGCAUUCUACUCGUGAUCAUUCCGUGCGAAAUGAAAGAGUAGAGGCAUAAUUCC